AUGGCCCGGCCUGGGCAGCGUUGGCUCGGCAAGUGGCUUGUGGCGAUGGUCGUGUUGGCACUGUGCCGGCUUGCCACGCCGUUGGCCAAGAACCUGGAGCCCGUGUCCUGGAGCUCCCUCAACCCCAAAUUCCUGAGUGGGAAGGGCCUGGUGAUCUACCCAAAGAUUGGAGACAAGCUGGACAUCAUCUGCCCCCGAGCAGAAGCAGGGCGGCCCUAUGAGUACUACAAGCUGUACCUGGUGCGGCCUGAGCAGGCAGCUGCUUGCAGCACUGUGCUUGACCCCAACGUGCUGGUCACCUGCAAUAGGCCAGAGCAGGAAAUCCGCUUCACCAUUAAGUUCCAGGAGUUCAGCCCCAACUACAUGGGCCUGGAGUUUAAGAAGCACCAUGAUUACUACAUUACCUCUACAUCCAAUGGGAGUUUGGAGGGACUGGAAAACCGGGAGGGAGGUGUGUGCCGUACACGCACCAUGAAGAUCGUCAUGAAGGUUGGGCAAGACCCCAAUGCUGUGACACCUGAGCAGCUGACCACCAGCCGGCCGAGCAAGGAGGCAGAUAACACUAUCAAGAUGGCCACACAGGCCCCCAGUGGUCGGGGCUCCCUGGGUGACUCUGAUGGCAAGCAUGAGACUGUGAACCAGGAAGAGAAGAGUGGCCCAGGUGCGAGUGGAGGUGGCAGUGGAGACCCUGACAGCUUCUUCAACUCCAAGGUGGCAUUGUUUGCGGCCGUUGGUGCUGGUUGCGUCAUCUUCCUGCUCAUCAUCAUCUUCCUGACAGUUCUGCUACUAAAGCUGCGCAAGCGGCAUCGCAAGCACACCCAACAGCGGGCACCCGCCCUCUCACUCAGUACCCUGGCCAGUCCCAAGGGGGGCAGUGGCACGGCGGGCACCGAGCCCAGCGACAUCAUCAUCCCCUUACGGACUACAGAGAACAACUACUGCCCCCACUAUGAGAAGGUGAGUGGGGACUACGGGCACCCCGUCUACAUCGUCCAGGAGAUGCCACCCCAGAGCCCAGCGAACAUCUACUACAAGGUCUGA